AUGGCGAUCCUUAUCACUGCUUUAGGUGAUCCUAUACUUCUCUCUGAAUGUCGGGCCGAGGGAGUUCUGCCGUCCGAAAGGAGAUUCUUCAUCGCGGCGCUUAUACUUCCAUUCUAUGUCCUAGUUGUGACUUGUCUGAAUGAAGAGGGUAGUACGCUUUUGGAGUUCAAGAGCUCGCUUAUCGACCCCAAUGACAACCUUCAAAACUGGAAUUUCUCAGAUCCAGACCCCUGCAACUGGACAGGAAUAGCAUGUUCGGUUGAUUCCAAGGUAAUUUCUGUCAAUCUUCAUCGCCUUAGCUUGUCCGGUUCUUUGUCUCCAAUCCUCUGUGGCAUGCCUGAAUUAGUGGAGCUGAAUGUGUCCAAGAACCUGUUUUCUGGUCCCAUUCCUCCAGAAAUCGCUCAAUGUGGUAAAUUAGAAAUCCUAGACCUUUGCACAAAUAAGUUUCAUGGAGAAUUACCUGUUCCGCUCUCCAAUAUUACCACUCUCAGAAAGCUCUCCCUUUGCGAGAACUACCUAUAUGGUGACAUACCAUCGGAAAUUGGGAGACUAAGCAUGCUCGAAGAGCUCGAACUUUAUAGUAACAACUUGACUGGCCCAAUACCCCAAACGAUCGGCAAUCUGAAAAGCCUCAGGAUCAUUAGGGCAGGUUCGAAUUCUCUUUCGGGCGUGAUACCUUCGGAAAUUGGUGAGUGCGAGAGUUUGCAGGUUCUGGGGUUGGCACAGAAUAGGCUUCAGGGUCCUCUCCCUAGAGAACUUUAUAAACUUCAAAAUCUGAGCUCUCUACUUCUUUACCAAAACAUUUUAUCUGGCGAGAUUCCUCCUGAAAUGGGGAAUAUGAGCAAUCUGGAGUUGCUUGCAUUGUAUAAGAAUUCUCUGAGUGGAGCUAUUCCCAAGGAAUUUGGAAAGCUAACCCGGCUAAAGAGGUUGUACCUCUACACCAAUGAGUUGAAUGGAACAAUUCCACGAGAGCUAGGGGAUUGCGUAAGCGCUGUUGAAAUCGAUCUCUCUGAAAACCAGUUAAGCGGGAUCAUUCCAAAAGAGCUGGGUCGAAUCCCCAACCUCCGCUUGGUUCAUCUCUUCGAGAACCUGCUUCAGGGAAGCAUUCCUAGUGAGCUGGGGCAACUCAGACUGUUGGAAAGCCUAGACCUGUCAAUAAAUAACUUGACGGGCACAAUUCCUAUAGGGCUUCAGAACCUCACUUAUCUAAUUGACUUCCAACUUUUUGACAAUCAGCUACAUGGAACUAUACCUCCUCUUCUCGGUCUGAACACUAAUCUUUCCAUUCUUGACCUGUCAGCAAAUAAGCUUGUUGGAAGAAUACCUGCACACCUCUGCCAGUACCAAAGUUUAAUGUUCCUUAGCAUUGGGUCCAACCAUUUAUCUGGGAAUAUCCCUCACAAUUUGAAAGUUUGCAAGUCUCUUGCUCGGUUGAUGCUAGGGGACAAUCAGCUCACUGGAAGCCUUCCUGUUGAACUCCAGAAGCUUCAAAACCUUUCCGCUCUCGAACUCCAGCAAAACCGGUUUUCAGGGUUAAUUCCACCAGGGCUCAGGAACCUCCCCAAGUUAGAGAGGCUCCUCUUAUCAGAUAACAACUUUGUGGGUGUGAUACCUCCUGAACUUGGAGAUUUGGUGCAGCUUGUGGCAUUCAAUGUCUCUUCCAACAGACUCUCAGGUAGUAUUCCUCUUGAACUUGGGAACUGCAUUAGGCUACAGAGGCUUGAUCUCAGCCGAAACAGGUUCAGCGGUUCUCUGCCGAAAGAACUCGGGAUGCUUGUCAACCUGGAACUGCUCAAAUUAUCUGAUAAUAGAUUGACAGGUCAAAUACCAAGUACCUUGGGAAAUUUAAGACGGCUUACGGAGUUACAGAUGGGGGGGAACUUAUUUUCAGGCGGGAUUCCUUUUGAGUUCGGUCAUCUUACAGCUCUCCAGAUCGCCCUGAAUGUCAGCCAUAAUAAUUUAACUGGGAGUAUCCCUGAACAGUUGGGGAACUUGCAGAUGCUGGAGUCUCUCUACUUGAACGAUAAUCAACUUGUUGGCGAAAUCCCCAAUAUGAUUGGGGAGCUUCUCAGCCUUUUGGUCUGUAACCUCUCUAAUAAUAACUUGGUAGGAAUGGUACCAAACACUCCCGUGUUUCGGAGAAUGAAUUCCACAAAUUUUUCUGGCAACAAUGGAUUAUGCAUUUCAAAUUCCAGCUGUUACUAUCCAUCAACAGCACCUUCUCUGACACCAGGAUCAAACAGGAUGAAACAAGGUUCGUCCAAGGAGAAAAUCGUGAGCAUUGUCUUGCUGAUAGUAGUUUCUGCAACUCUGAUAGUUGUAGUCAGCAUUUGUCGGGCAUUCAAUCACACGGCGCCCGAAUUUGUUUCUCUGGAAGAUAAAACAAAGCCUGACUCAUUGAAUCCUUAUUACUUUCCAAGGGCCGGGCUUAAAUAUCAGGACCUCCUAGAAGCCACUGAAAAUUUUUCAGAGAGUGCAGUUAUAGGAAGAGGAGCCUGUGGUACAGUGUACAAGGCUGUAAUGCCUGAUGGCAAGGUCAUAGCCGUGAAGAGAUUAAGGUCGCGUGGAGAGGGAGCCAGUGCUGAUGGCAGCUUCAGAGCCGAGAUUUCAACCCUUGGAAAGAUCAGGCAUCGGAACAUCGUGAAACUCUAUGGCUUCUGCUGCAGUCAAAGCUCUAAUCUUCUCCUAUACGAGUACAUGGCCAAUGGGAGCUUAGGAGAACAGCUUCAUUCCAGUGAACAGGUGUGCUUGCUUGACUGGAAUGACCGUUAUAAAAUUGCUUUAGGAGCAGCAGAGGGCUUGUGCUACCUCCACUAUGAUUGCAAGCCUCAAAUCAUCCACCGUGACAUCAAAUCCAACAACAUCUUACUCGAUGAAUUGCUCGAGGCUCAUGUUGGGGAUUUUGGCUUGGCGAAGUUGAUUGACUCCUUCUCAAAGUCCAUGUCUGCUGUUGCAGGUUCAUAUGGCUACAUAGCCCCAGAAUAUGCAUAUACAAUGAAAGUUACAGAAAAAUGCGACAUAUAUAGCUUUGGGGUAGUUCUCUUGGAGCUCAUUACCGGGAAAACUCCUGUUCAACCCCUUGAGCAGGGAGGGGACCUAGUUUCCUGGGUGAGGAGAUCAGUCCGUGAUGCAGUGCCAGCACCCGAAAUAUUUGACAAGCGGCUAGAUUUGACUGAAAAGAGCACCGUUGAUGAGAUGUCUCUAUUCCUCAAAAUCGCAUUGUUCUGCACGAGCACUACCCCGCUCAAUCGGCCAACAAUGAAGGAGGUGAUCAUGAUGAUGAUUGAUGCCAGGGAAUUGCUGAGCGAUUCUGCAGCGUCUCCAACAUCUGAAACCGCUCUAGAAGAAGCAGCCUUUUCCAAAUGUUAGUACUUUUCCAAACCAUUCCAGAUUUUCAUGUUAUUUUCUGCAGCAUAAGUUACUUCAGAUGGUUGCUAUCUAAGAGCCAAAUGCUUAACAUUAGAACUUGUUACCGUUUCAUGCCCGAAUCAGUCGCAAAUGGGCACAGAAUUACUUUCAGAGGCAUCAUUGGAAAAAUGCAAUUCUGACUCUGCAGGUUCGCUCAUGAUUUUGCUCAAA